UAAAGAUAAAGAGAUUUAAAAUGAUAAAAGUCAACCAUAACCCAUCAUUUGGUCUUUGGUUUCCCGACGUCCCACUUUUGUAAAAAAUCAUCUGUUCUUUUCCAUUCUUUUUCCUAGCCAACUGGAUAUCACCAAUUAUAGUUAUUAUAAUUUAUUCACUACACAUUAAUAUUUCCACAUCUCUUCUAUAUAUACAUCAGCCAAGUCUUGUAACGAGACAACAUUUUCGAAAUAAAGAUAUUAAAGCAAUGAAGGUUCAUGAGUUUUCCAAUGGGUCUUCGUCCUGGGAACAACAUGAUUCGCCAUCAUCCCUUAGCCUAAGCUGCAAACGCCUCCGUCCUCUCGCCCCUAAGCUCUCCGGCAGCCCUUGCUCUCCUUCUUCUUCCUCCGGCGUCACUUCCGCUACUUUCGACCUCAAGAGCUUCAUUAAACCCGAUCAAACCGGUCCAAGAAAAUUUGAAUACUCUAUUGAACACCAACGAGACCUUCCUCAAGUGGAGACGCACCAGGGAGGGACAAGGUGGAACCCAACUCAAGAACAGAUAGGGAUACUUGAGAUGUUAUACAAAGGUGGAAUGCGCACUCCUAAUGCGCAACAGAUCGAGCACAUCACUUCUCAACUCGGUAAAUACGGAAAAAUUGAAGGAAAGAAUGUAUUUUACUGGUUUCAGAACCACAAAGCCCGCGAGAGGCAGAAGCAGAAGCGGAACAACUUCAUCAGCUUAAGUUGCCAAAGCAGCUUCAAGACCACUAAUAUCAAUAACGCAAGUGUAACAACGAAGACAACAACAACAACAUCGUCAUUUGACGUAAUCAGGAGAGACUCAAUGGUUGAGAAGGGGGAGUUAGUGGAAGAAACUGAGUACAAGAGGACAUGUAGGAGCUGGGGAUUUGAGAACUUGGAGAUAGAUAGCAGACGAAACAUAAAUAGUAGUAAAAAUGCUACAAUGGCAACUACUUUCGACAAAAUCAUUGAUAAUGUAACGCUCGAGCUUUUCCCAUUGUACCCUGAAGGUAGGUGAAGAAGAUGAGGCAGAGAAUGUGGAAUUCUUAUGUAGAUCUGGUUUAGGUGCAGACUAAGUAUUUGGUAUCUAGAAAUUCAAUAUUAAAAUAAUCAAAUAUUAGAAAAUAACAGAAUCUACUUAAGAAUUCCCUUGUAAUCUGCGAAUCUGAUGUACCCCUAUGUACAUUUUUAUUGCUAUGUAUUCUUAAUUAUGAAUUUUUAGUUUAGCUCA